CCUUUCGUUCGUGAGCCGCGACCCCCGCGACUGGACACUGCGCCUAUCCAGUUCCACCAGACCGAGGCUCUCGUGAAAGUGUAGGUUAAAAGUGCUUGUUUACGUGAUUCUUCUCACCGGCUACUACAUCACGAAAUGGCAUCUGGAGUAACAGUGGCCGAUGUUUGUAAGACAACGUACGAGGAGAUUAAAAAAGACAAAAAGCAUCGAUAUGUAAUCUUUUACAUUAAGGACGAAAAGCAAAUUGAUGUUGAAGUCAUCGGACCUCGCGACGCAGCUUAUGACGCCUUCCUUGAAGAUUUGCAGAAAUGUGGUAGCGGAGAAUGUCGCUAUGGCCUCUUCGAUUUUGAAUACACUCAUCAAUGUCAGGGUACUUCUGAGGCUUCCAAGAAACAAAAAUUGUUCUUGAUGUCGUGGUGUCCUGACACGGCCAAAGUUAAGAAGAAGAUGUUGUACUCCAGUUCUUUUGAUGCUUUGAAAAAAUCCUUAGUUGGUGUGCAAAAGUAUAUACAGGCAACAGACCUUUCAGAGGCUUCUGAAGAAGCUGUUGAAGAAAAGCUCCGAGCCACUGACAGGAAUUAGGAGUAUUUCAGCAAAUCCAAAAUUAUUAAUAUUAUUGAGAGAAAUCAAGUGAAAAACAGUACGCAAAAUCCCUUCCCCAAAAUAAUGCUCUGUACCGUCGUCGCAUUAAACGUUCACGUUUUUACACAUUUUUCACGUUUAAACGAAAACGAUUACUAAGUAUUUGUGCUACAUGUAUUAGUCAUUGGGGAGCGUAAACAUUAGCAGAAAGGAACGUAAAAGGAACAAAAAAAAAAAAAUAUAAAGAAAAAAACACUUUUCAUACUGCGAACGUUGUGUGGAUCUGUCUGAUAUAAUAUUAAUAUUAUACUAUUAUUAUAAUUAUAAGAUAAUUGUAAAAGAAUAACAGUUUACAACCAGUCAGGCAGUAAGAAUGAAAGAACUACACUUUUGUCAUCGGCUGUAUAAUGUUUAAAUUAAAUUCAUUUCAUAAUGA